AUGGAACCGAGAGUGAUAGCCCUCAAGCCGAAGCACGCUGGUCUCGGAACAGCACCAGAGUCCAGCCACAUCGCUUCGUCCGGGCUAAAGGCAGGCACGGAUAGCAGCGAAGGCACCGCCUACGCCAACAACCUUCCCAUAAUCAACCCCGAGGCAGACAAACAGGCCGCCCCGGGCAGUGUCACGAGCAUGGACUCGAUGAACAAUGUAGUGACGUCGACUACCACCGUGACCGCCAUUGCCAGCACCGUGCAUCAGCUGUUACCUUCACCGUCCACACCGUCCGCCGCCGCCUCCACAGCAGCAACGAAUGGUGGCAAAGUAGCGCCACCGGCAUUCUCACGACUACCACCGGAUGGGCAUGAGUUCCCGCCGAACUUUACCGAACCUUCCGCUGCCAACACGACGACGACAACGACCGUACCCAACGGCGGCAGCACCAGUGUCAACGGGAACGUUGCCAUCCCGAAUAUGGGACCGGGAGCCGCGAUGACGAUUAUGAACGGUGGCAUCAUGGCGCCGGUACUCGCCAAAUCGAACGACAAACAUUCCAGUUUUAAUGAUGAUCUACCCGAUUUGCCUAAGAGCCAUCCACCACCGGUGCCCCGUAAGAUGUCACACACAUCCACCGGGGAUGGCUUCCGCAAACCACCACCGUUCCCAACCCGCAGUUCCUCGAUCGCAGAGUCGCUGCUCAGCCGUAAGGAGCUACCGCAAGCGUACCAAUCGCUGCAGAAUGUGUUCGAGCAGCGCCGUCGAUCAGUGGAUGUGCCUGAUCAUCACCAACACGGCAAACCGCCACCACUACCACAAUCUACGGGCCGGAUAGCCCUGGUCGGAUCAAACUGGCGUAAGGAUGAAAAGUCGGAAAAGAGCGUAAGGGACAAGAUUGCAAUGUUCUCGAGUGCGGCAGAUGCCGAAGGUGCCGUACCACCGCCUCCACAGCAUACGACACUGUUAACGGCCGCACGGAAGUUUAGCAAAGAUUUCACCAAGAGCUCGGAAAACUUGCUCGGAUCUUCGCGGGACAUUUCCACCGCGAAGAAGGCUGUCGAAGCGAUCGAAACGUACGCAACGCUGCGCAAGAAGGCACACAGUGUCGAGCAUCUGGAUGAGGUAGAUCGGGGUGUCACGAUGACAACGUCCACCACCAGUGAAACACCGUACAAAGCCAAGUUUAGCCUGGAAACAUCGAAACCGGUCGUGCUGGGGAAGGCGUACAGUGUGGAGAAUCUGAAUCCGAUGAAUAGAACCGAAUCGGUCAAACCGCUCAGUUCCAAUGGAGGUGUGGAUGGUACGAAAGUUCUCGCCCGCACGACAAGCUUCUCGGGCUACUCGAAUGGACACAGCCUGGCAACGAUCGCGAACACACCCGGAAACCUCGGUAGCAGCAGCUCGCUCGUAUCGUCAACCAUCGCCAACAACGGUGCGGCGGGUACGGACGAGCGAUGGAAAUCAUCCAUCUCGAACCUGCUGGAACAGCGCAAAAAGUCAAUGUCGAAACUGCGCGGACUCGUCAUCCCGGAGAAGGUACCGGAGACGGAAGUGUUGCCCGAAACGCGUAUUAUCGGGCUGCCGAUCAUCAAGAGCAAGGACUCGGAAAUUAUCCUAUCAUCCGGUGUCAUUUCUAAAACGGCUAUUGAACCACCAGCGGUGGCACUUUCUUACAGCCGCAAAACCAACACACUUCCGAUGCCACCGAAAUCGAGUAUCAGUUCGGUGACCGGUCCAUCGUCGACGGUUCAACUUAGAUCGGGCAAUGGUCAGGAUGGGACGUUCCGUGCGUCCACCACACGUUUGCAGGCCGCAUCCGAUUCAAAGCAAUCGGAAUCGGAGUCGGAGAUGGUGCCAACGUUCCGGAAACCACUUCCACCAAUGCCACCGGUGAAGCCACCCCGGACGUCACUCGUCUAUCCACCUAAAAGUGGAUCAACGGAUUGUUUGCGCAGCACGGAGGACGAAAGCGAUGACAGUGAUUCGGUGUUGAGUUCACGCGUGUCUUCACCACCGGUAUCGCCCGUCGCACAGGUAGCUCCGGUCGAGAAGUACGCACUCACCCGUACACUCAGCUCGGAGACGAACACGUCCAUCACAAGUUCCAACUCAACACUUACGUCCAGCUCCGGUUCGCAGGCUAGUUGCAGCUCGGUCGGCAGUACACCGACCGUCGACAUUAGUCGAAAGCUCUCCAAAUCUUCCUCGUCCGAGGCGUCUAUGAAUCGCAAGAAUGUGCUCGCCUCCGCCAAGUGUCGUAAUGGACGGGGUGGUGAUCUUAAGAUUGAAGAUGUCGGUACGUUCGGCAAUGGAGCGAAAUCGAAGCGGUACGAGGACGGUGACAGUACCGACGGGUACGAGGAGGAAGAACGUCGCAAAUCUAAAUCCAAACCUCGAAGCUCGCUUAUGAACGGUUCACCUACCACCAGCGGUAAAUCGGUUGGUUACGAGCCUGAAAAGAAGCCGGAACUGACCCACUACAAGGUGGUAGACAGUGUGGAUAGCAUUGUCGAUAAGGUGAUAAAGGUUGCAUCGUACGUGGAGGUCGUUUCUGAUCUGGAGGAUAACGCGGUCGUUGAGGAACCGAUCGUUGCUUCCGCGGUACCGCUCCCAACGGCGGAAAUACCCUUACCGACCGUCGUACCCGAUCUUCAGUCGAAGAAAAUCUCUCACGAUGGUUCAAUGUCGGAUCUUGCCAAAUGGGUACGUCACGAGGCUGCCCGUACCAUCUCCCACAAGGAACCCGAAACGGUCAGCGUCGCCACGGUUCGUGGGUUGCGUGCCGAGAAGAAACUAUCACCUCUCAGUUUAGCCCGUACAGUGCCAACGGAACCAGCCGUGCCCGUUCCGGUGCGGCGCGAGUUACGUUCAUCGGUUGAAACGAAGAAGCUAAAUUUGGCGGAAAUUCGUAAACCAUUCGAAUCGAAGUCCGCCAACAGUACGGUCAUCCCGACGCCGGUUAAGCAAACACCGAAGGAGCAUACGAUUGCACCGACACCGGUAGCACAGGUGACGUCUGCCGUACCGACGGCCACAUCACCACCGGUACAUGCCACACCAAAAACCAACACCCACCACACCAACGGUCACGAUCGGUUCUCGUCCUGGGACUCGUUGGCUUCCUCGUCGUCCGGAGUGUCCUCGCUGCAAACCAACAGUCUCGGACUGGGUAGUGUCGCCCCGAACUGUACCGGCUCGUCCCAAACGCUUCAGAGCACACCGUCAGAUUAUGGUAGCUUCUCGUCACUUGGCAGCAGUCACAGUUUGAUCACACCGCAAGACUUGCAACUAAUUAUUGAAGAGGCAGAUCCACCGUUGGCAACGCCGGAAGCUUUUGUGGUUGUGCUGCAGCGCGAAACACCAGAAAGUAGCAUCGGUAUUACACUGGCCGGAGGUUCCGACUAUGAGGCAAAGGAAAUUACGAUUCACAAGAUUCUCACCAACUCACCCGCGGACCGGGACGGGCGGUUGAAGAAGGGCGAUCGUAUCCUUUCGAUCAAUGGGCUCAGCAUGCGAGGCCUCACCCAUCGCGAGUCACUCAGCGUACUUAAGACGCCACGACCAGAAGUGGUCAUGGUUAUCACACGAUCCAAGUCGCUCGUACUCGAUACGCUAACGAAGCUUAAGCGACCCUCGAUGGGAUCGCUUAGCUCGCUGGCGGAGAAGAGUGAACUUGCUACGGAGUACGAGCGUAAGCUUAAGAUCCAACACAAAGCGUCCCGUUCGUUGGAUCUCGAUCAUCUGGAUGUGGCAUCGAAUGAAGCUGAAAGUGUAUUCGAUGGUACCGCAUCCGAGGAUGGUCUGCUGUCGGCGGAUGAUGUGUCGAAAUGUUCCUCUAGCAAUGCUACCGACAAUGCUUCCUUUUCUACCGCGGAUGUACCGGAAGGCUGUCGCAUGGUAGAAAUCAACAAGGACGGUGCCGGUCUCGGGUUCUCCAUCGAGGGUGGUUACGAUUCACCGACCGGCAACAAGCCGUUAAUAAUCAAGAAAAUCUUCAUGGGUGGUGCCGCUGAAAAAUCCGGCCUGUUACGUGCCGGCGAAGAGAUUGUUGCCAUUAAUGAUAUCUCGAUCGCGAAGAUGACGCGAAUACAGGUGUGGAACAUGAUGAAGAAGCUCCCGAACGGAGGCGUACGCAUUACGCUCAAGUGA